AUGAUAGAUUCCAGCAGUGGUAAAAAGAACAACCGGUUUUCCUCAAAACGGUUCCUGGCGGCGAUCAAUGGUGGAAGUGCUGUUGCUGGAGUCCCGCAAGCAAUUCCUGGAAUCGCACCGGUCAAUGCGCUUUUCAGCAAACCAAAAAGCCGUUUCCUGUACUUGUUCCUGUCUGCGGUCGUAGUGCUGAUGCUCGACCAGAAGUUCCUGACAUCUUUCUUAGCCGCUAUUCGGCUGCCGGCAAAACUGUUUCCGGCAUCGAAAUCGAUAAGAGAACCGAUGGGGGAACGCAAGUCUUCCAUAUUUUCCUCAAUAACAGCGGCUUUAGUGCCUGUGGCGUGCAUCCUGGGAAAUUCAUUUUCAUCGGAAAAAAACGACGAAGGCCCGAUGGGAAGACGAAACUCACCGGCCGAGCUGCGAAAUGCUAAGAAUUCCCAUAGGAAACUCAAAAGAAUUGGGAAUUUUUUCCAAAGUGUUCCAAAGCUGAAUCUACAACAGCGGAAGGCUAUGCUUGCUGUUGGUUCGGAAAAUUAGCGGCAGAUUAGCGGCUGGAAGAAAGAAUUGCUUUGAACAAGCUGUGGUAACCUACGCAACACAAAAUACCGAUCAUCAUGUCCUUUUACGAAAUGG